GAAGGAGAAAGCGAUAUUUUCAAGUAAGGAAUUUAAGUGUAACAUAGGUAGGUUAGUUCGUUCUGGUUUGUUCCCCACUGAUAGAAAUUCAAUCUUGCAUUUGAUUAUUAAUGGAAUAUGGCUACAGUUUUCGAAAGUUCGUUCUUAUCAAAUAGAGCACAUCGUAUGGAACGAUAUGAAGAAUCGAUAAACACUUUUGGCAAAUGUGACUGCACUAGCUAUAGCUAUCUUGUUUUAAGCGUCAUUUUGUUCGUGAUUGGGACAGCUAUCACUAUUUUUUCUUUGGAUGACAUCGUAGGCGAACACAUAUUUUUUAAACUUGGUCACAUGUGGCUUAUCGGUCCAAUAUUCAUUUGUUCUGGGUUAAUGGUGGCUGUCAAAUGCAUGCUUUACCUUCGGCGAAAGUCUGUUAUACAAAUAAUCUUUCAUCAACCACAAUUAUUCAGACAUUUACAGGAAUUAAGCAGUACUCGUGGUAUUGAACGUAUUGAUAUACAAACUCCAGAUCCACCAUCUUACGAAGUAAUCGCUCAAGAAACUUAUAAUGAAUUACCUCCGCCUUCUUAUGCAGAAGCGGUAGCGCUUGUACGCAAGACUAUUGGGAGCAAUACCAAAUCAAAUAGCGCAACUGUUUCUUGUGAUAGUGUCGCUAUUGACCAAAACAUCAGGUGUAAACCUUGAAACAAUAUAUUUUCUUUUUCAAUCGAAAGAUCGAUUACAAUACAAAAGUUAUAAAACUUAUAUUUUUCAUUAAUGAACUAUUGUUCAUUUUAUUAUAUUGAACGUCAUUUUUUUCUAUUACAAAAAGAAUAUCGUCGCUCAUCCUAUCCGUUAAGAGAUAAAGCGGAAUAAAGGAUGAUGUAGAUACUCGAUUUUAUUACAAUGUUGAUGCUGGUAAAACGAUAAUUGUUUGAUGAAUAAAAUAAAAUUCGCACAAUAGUAUCGAUUCAAUUGAUAAAAGGAUAUUUCAAUAAGUGAAAUAUUCGAGUUGUUACAUGUAGAAAUUUAAUUCAGUAAGUGACUGUAGUCAAUUUUCUUCAAUUACACAAAUUUUUUGUUAAUGUAAUACGAAUUACGUAUAUAAAUUUUCAUAUUGUAUCUUUUAUGUAUAAGAAAACGAAUCUUAUGAAUAACUUACAAAUUAGAAAAAAGUUACAAUAGUGUGACAGAUCUUGUUUGUAAAAAUACAUUCAUACAAUAUUAAAAAUAGAAUGUCUCACACGGCCAAUAAGUAUUAAACAUUUAAUGACUGGACAAUAAUAAAAUAUUCCCAUAUGGGAAUUUUUUAUUCUUAAUUAUUUAUUUAUUUGAAAAUACAAAAAACGCGUAUUUUUAUGUAAAAAAUGGUUAUAAAUAAUAGAAAGAGAAAACGAUAUUGAAUUUUAUUGUUAAUAAAAUUUAUGAGAGCUAUUUGUACAUUUACAAUGUAUUACUUAAUGAUAAAGCGAAUAAAAAAAGACGUUUCAUA